CAAACAUUUAAAUCAUUUCAGUUUAUUUACUCAUCUGUGGAAAUUAUUUAAUACUGUUAAAAAAUAGAAAAACUAUUGUUAAAAUGAAAUUAAUUAUUAUUAGUUUAAUUACACUUAUUACAUUGGGUGGUUUAACCGCUCAAGGUGACUCGGAGGAAAGUCAAAGUCAAAAUGGGCAAGGCAUGACCAAUGGAAGUUCAUUUCAAGGUGGGCAAUUUGGUCAAGGUAGGCCAGAAGAAUUAAUUAGUAGGUCCGAAAUAACGUUUGAUAUACAGGAAGAAAUUUGGAUGCAAAAUAGUUCAGAUGGGCAAGGAAUGUCCGGAGGACCAGGUGGGCAAAGUGGUCAAAGCGGAGAGUGGGGAGUGUCCGUAGGACCAGGUGGGCAAGAUGGCCAAAGCAGAGAGUGGGGAGUGUCCGUAGGACUAGGUGGUCAAGGUGGACAAAGCGGAGAGUGGGGAGUGUCCGUAGGACCAGGUGGGCAAGAUGGCCAAAGCAGAGAGUGGGGAGUGUCCGUAGGACUAGGUGGUCAAGGUGGCCAAAGCGGAGAGUGGGGAGUGUCCGUAGGACCAGGUGGGCAAGAUGGCCAAAGAGGAGAGUGGGGAGUGUCCGUAGGACAAGGUGGACAAAGCGGAGAGUGGGGAGUGUCCGUAGGACAAGAUGGCCAAAGCGGAGAGUGGGGAGUGUCCAUAGGACCAGGUGGCCAAAGCGGAGAGUGGGGAGUGUCCGUAGGACAAGGUGGACAAGAUGUCCAAAGCGGAGAGUGGGGAGUGUCCGUAGGACUAGAUGGGCAAGGUAGUCAAAGCGGAGGAUGGGGAAUGUCCAUCGGUCAAGGUUGGAAAGGUGAUCAAAGCGGAGGGUGGGGAAUAUCCGGAGGGCAACGUGGUCAAAAUGAAGGGUGGGGAAUAUCCAGAGGGCAAGGUGGUCAAAAUGCAGGAUGGGUAAUACCUGGAGGACAAAAUGGUUACAAUAGAGUCGGUUGGUCAAUGUUAGGAGGACUAGGUGGCCAAACAGGAGGUUAUGGAAUAUUUAGAGGAAGAGGUGAGCAAAGUGGAGGGUGGGGAAUAUCUGCAGGACAAGGUGAUCAAAGUGGAGACUUGGGAAUGUCAGCUGGGCAAGGCGGAGGGUGGGGUAUUUCUGGAGGACAAAGUGGAGGGUGGGGACUGUCUGCGGGACAAGGUAUAGGGUGGGGAUUGUCUGGAGGUAUGGGAGGAGGACAAAAUGGUCAAAACGGAUGGUGGAGUAUAUUAAGAGGACCUGGUGGUCAAACUGUAUCAUAAUUCAACUUUUCAUUUGUCAAUUUUGUGUAUUAUUGUAAAUUAUCCAAAUAAGCUGGAAAAUAAAAAAUAAAAUUGUAACUUUUGAAUGAUGUAAUUAUUAUGUAAAUUAAUAAAACUAUAUUUAAUAUGGAACAUAAAAA